AUGGGCACCAAGGGUGAGGACCUCACCAGAGGCACCAAGGGUGAGGACCUCACCAGAGGCACCAAGGAUGCAGGACUCACCAGAGGCACCAAGGAUGCAGGACUCACCAGAGGCACCAAGGGUGAGGACCUCACCAGAGGCACCAAGGAUGCAGGACUCACCAGAGGCACCAGGGAUGCAGGACUCACCAGAGGCACCAAGGAUGCAGGACUCACCAGAGGCACCAAGGGUGAGGACCUCACCAGAGGCACCAAGGAUGCAGGACUCACCAGAGGCACCAGGGAUGCAGGACUCACCAGAGGCAACAAGGAUGCAGGACUCACCACAGGCACCAAGGAUGCAGGACUCACCAGAGGCACCAAGGAUGCAGGACUCACCAGAGGCACCAAGGAUGCAGGACUCACCAGAGGCAACAAGGAUGCAGGACUCACCACAGGCACCAAGGAUGCAGGACUCACCAGAGGCACCAAGGAUGCAGGACUCACCAGAGGCACCAAGGGUGAGGACCUCACCAGAGGCACCAAGGAUGCAGGACUCACCAGAGGCACCAGGGAUGCAGGACUCACCAGAGGCAACAAGGAUGCAGGACUCACCAGAGGCAACAAGGAUGCAGGACUCACCAGAGGCACCAAGGAUGCAGGACUCACCAGAGGACUCACCAGAGGCACCAAGGAUGCAGGACUCACCAAGGGCACCAAGGAUGCAGAACUCACCAGAGGCAACAAGGAUGCAGGACUCACCAGAGGCAACAAGGAUGCAGAACUCACCACAGGCAACAAGGAUGCAGGACUCACCAGAGGCACCAAGGAUGCAGGACUCACCAAGGGCACCAAGGAUGCAGAACUCACCAGAGGCAACAAGGAUGCAGGACUCACCAGAGGCAACAAGGAUGCAGGACUCACCAGAGGCACCAAGGAUGCAGGACUCACCAGAGGCAACAAGGAUGCAGGACUCACCAGAGGCAACAAGGAUGCAGGACUCACCAGAGGCAACAAGGAUGCAGGACUCACCAGAGGCAACAAGGAUGCAGGACUCACCAAGGGCACCAAGGAUGCAGAACUCACCAGAGGCAACAAGGAUGCAGGACUCACCAGAGGCACCAAGGAUGCAGGACUCACCAGAGGCACCAAGGAUGCAGGACUCACCACAGGCAACAAGGAUGCAGGACUCACCACAGGCAACAAGGUUGCAGGACUCACCAGAGGCAACAAGGAUGCUGGACUCACCAGAGGCAACAAGGAUGCAGGACUCACCAGAGGCAACAAGGAUGCAGGACUCACCACAGGCAACAAGGAUGCAGGACUCACCAGAGGCACCAAGGAUGCAGGACUCACCAGAGGCACCAAGGAUGCAGGACUCACCAGAGGCACCAAGGAUGCAGGACUCACCAGAGGCACCAAGGAUGCAGGACUCACCAGAGGCACCAAGGAUGCAGGACUCACCAGAGGGAGGGAUGAGGAUGACAGGGGUGCCAGCUGGCACCUCGCAGGCGUAGUGCCGGGGGACGAGACAGUCAGUUGGCACCCAGGACGACGUCGGGACAGUUAG